ACUUUACUGUAUGUUGUGGUUUGAAAUAUAAUACAGAUAGAAGCAGCUGUGCGACUGCGAACAGAUUAUAUUUUGGCUGUACCAAUAUGCAGAUUGAGUAUGAAAUCCAGCACACUUGGGAUAGCAAUCCUGUCAAUCAUGAGCCCAUCAGGAUGCUCUUCUCUCCUGGUGUUGAUGGGGUGAACAUGAAGGUGUUUGCUCCCUUUUUUAAUGACCCAGAAGCUCCAUCAGGACCAUCCGGCCAGCCCUUCCCUGGGCUCUGGGAUUACGAAGUUGUGGAGUCCUUCUUUCUUGACAGCACAACAGAAAACUACCUAGAGGUGGAGGUUUGUCCACACGGUCAGCACUUAAUAUUACUCUUGUCAGGAGCCAGGCAGGCCUUCCAGCAACAACUGCCCAUGGUUUUCAAUGCUACAAUAACAGCAGACAGAUGGAUGGGAGAGGCUUUGCUCCCUUGGACGUACUUUCCUCCGAAUGUGAACAAGAUGAAUUCUUACGCCAUUCAUGGCUCAGGGGAGAAGCGCACGUAUGAAGCACUCUACCCCAUCCCAAAAGAGGAGAUAGUUGAGGGCCAACAGCCAAAUUUAUUGGAAAUGACCGCCAUAACCACAACACCAGGGGGAGCUCCACAAACCACGUCAAACCCAGAUUCCGAUCUAACAAAGGUCUUAACUCAUUCUCCUUCUAUGCCACAUCAAUAUGGAAUGCACUCCCAACAGGUGUAAAAGAAAUUGCAUCUCUAUCCUCCUUCAAAACCGUACUAAAAUAACACCUCCAGGCACCUACUACCCUAGCCUAACCCCCUCCCCCCACCACAUCCCACCUCCCCGGGUAUACUUGUUCUUAUGCUUUCUGAGCUCACUACGUUCACUGCUCGCUGUACAUAUCCUACGAAGUGAGACUUACACUGUUACAAUGUCUGUUUCUCAGAUGAUAAACUUGUAUGAUCACUGAAAUAUGCUAAUAGCAACCUAACCCCCCCCAAAUCUCUCCGCAUCCCACCCCCCGGAUUGUAAAUAAUUCAAUGUUUAUACUCUGAUGAUUAACUUCUAUGAUGACUGUAUUAUGAUGAUAGUAUAUAUUUGUACCAUGAAUUGAUUAACGUGGACCCCGACUUAAACAAGUUGAAAAA